AUGGCUUUUGCUCAAAGAAAAAAAGUUUAUAAGAGUCAAAUUUAUCUGCUAGAUGCCGAGACAAGCUCGCAUUCAGAUACAUCGUUGUGCCAAUCUUCUAAAGCGAGCCAAUGUUCUUCACCAACAUCGGAAGGUUGGCAUGUUAUUAGUUCUGUGAUGGAGUCUGGUUCGUCAUCAACAUCUGAAAUACGUCGUGAUUCCGUCUCCACAACAUUUGAAUUAUCCGAAUCUGAUUCAUGUGUCUCGGUGCGUCAAUCUGAUACAGACUCUUCAGAUACGGGGAAGCGGUCGUCUUCUGUGGCAAUUUCUGAUGGGUUUACAAGUCUUCCUGCACAUGACGGGACAGGGACCUUCAUAGAUGACACGCAAUGUUUAUCUGAUCAAUCACAUGAUGGAAGAAUAUCAGCUGCUUCCUUUGCCAAAGCAGUUCACCGAUUAUUGGAUAGCCAUUCGACGUCAACGCAGGAGUCACGUGAUAUCGCGCCUGAUCCACAGCAAGCUGCUCCUUAUAUCCAGUCGUCCCAUGAUGGCAACGUGAUACCACCACUUGAUAGAACCAUGUCAAGCGAUGUGACAGAUGACCAUAUGAUAGUUCCACCAUUCUGCCCUACUAUCACUGAGGCCCAUCCCGUGUUUUCUGCAGACGAUAGUGUGUCCAAAUCGAAUUCGAUUGAUGCUGAUGAUAAUGUUACAAAAUGCGGAUGGCGCAAUUUAGACAGCAUCCCUAGUCACCAUCCUGCAAUUCCUGGUACAACAACAUCUUUUGCAGUAUUCUCUACCAUAUGGAAUCAACUCUGUGAUAUUACAGCGAAUAUUCUAGAAAACGACGCAAGUGCAUCCGAAACUAUGAACUCGCUCGUUUCAGAAGCUGCUUUGGAAGGUUGUCUACCUUUUGGUUCUCAUUUGCACAUGGAGUUUAGUGGCGUUCACUUUCGUGCAGAGCAGUUAUAG